CUAUCUGAUCACGUCAGUUGUUGAUGAAAAGGAAAGACAUCACAGGUCCGUUUUGAGGUGUAGUUCUGAAACACGUCUCAAUACCUUUUCAGUUUCAGUAAAUUACAGUAGUUAGUGCCUCAACAGUAACGUUGUAAUUAAGUUGAUAAAUUCCUGUAUAAAAUAGGCAUUAUGCCAUCUCCUGGUAGAUCAGUGUGUUUACAUUGUCUAUGGUACUCCCGAUCGCGGCCGGUUGUGAGACAACCUUACUCAAAAAUGCAUCUUCUUUCGGAAUGCUAUUUAUAUCCCUUUGACUACUGAACAUUCAUCCAUACUGUGUGUGUCCCAUAACUGCAGGUCAUUUAUGACAAAUGUAUAUGUUUUAUAAACUCCAGGAAAGCGUAUUAGCCUGGUUUAGUUAGUUUAGGAAAAUAUGUAGGUACAUUCUAGGUGUAUUAAAUUUCUUUGCCACAAGAAUGUGACAUUAAGUUCAGGCUAAUUUGCUGGCUGGUGCUCAUGAGUUUAUAAAACAUAUACUUUAUACAUUUGUCAUAAAUUAUCUGCAAUGAUGGGACACAUAUAGUAUGGAUGAAUAUUAUAUAUAUAUUUUUUUUUACCUUAAAUGAGUAGGUGUGUCAACCUUUGACUGGUGUUGUAUAUAUAUGAUUUAAUCAUGGUAAAUAUUAAUCUAUUCUGAUCCACUUUAAUCACCUGUACAAAAGGUGACCUCUUGAUUCAUUAAAGACUUCCGCCCAUAGAAACCUGUUUUUGUGACGUUUUCUCUGUGUCGGCCAAUGGGGAAGAGGAGCAGAGUUUCGGUGAAGAAUUUGAACCGAGUCGCGGAAGCAGCGGACAGACAGAGGACGCUUCGAUAUAGCUUGAAACUACCAUCUUUAUGUAGUUUCAGUGUGGUUCAAUUAAAGAAACCUAUUUUAGCCAACACAUUUUUAUUGAAUUUAUUUAAUUUAACCUGUGUUGGCUUUUUUUUUUUUUCGGUGGACCGUGACCAUGAGGAGGAGUGACAUCCAUGCUGCGGAGUCGGUGGAAUGUCUGGCUCGAGCCAUUAACCGGUUGAGGGACAUCUGGGAGGAAAUAGGAAUUCCAGAGGAUCAGAGACUACAAAGGACCGAUGUGGUUAGGAAACAUAUCAAAGGCUUGCUGGACAUGAUGAUUGCUGAGGAGGACAGUCUAAGGAAGAGAUUGAUGAGCAGCAUAGAAUCCUGUCGUAAAGAGCUGGAUGUUCUGUGUACUGAGCUUCAACUAUCCCCAUUUGAGGAGGACGAGGGGAGGACGAUGCUGCAGCUGGAGAAGGACAUCAGGUCACGCCUGGAGGUGAUGAUGAAACAGAAGAGUCAGAGGGUUAAGGAGCUGAAGAGACUGUCCAAGCAGGACCGUGAUCUGUGUGACGUCAUGUGUUCAGUCCCCUUCUGUAUCGACAUGGACACGGUCCCGUCCCUGGAGCAACUGGACAGCUAUCGCUCUCACCUCCAUGAUCUCACUAAAGAGAAGGAUCGUCGGCACGGUGAGUUUGUGGGUAUCAAGCGUCGGAUCAUUGUGUGUAUGGAGGAGCUGGACCAGCUGCCAGACACCAGCUUUGAGAGGGACGUGGUGUGUGAGGACGAGGAGGCCUUCUGUCUGUCCGGCGACAACAUCACAGCUCUCCGACUGAUGCUGGGACAGCUGGAGGAUCGUAAGACCGAGAAUGAGUUGGUGUGUAACUCCUACCGCAGUAAGAUCCAGGAGCUGUGGGAGAGACUGCAGGUCCUCCAGGAGGAACGAGAGGGCAUGUCUGAUCACAUGGUCCAGUCCAGGAAGAGAAACAUGGACGCUUUAGAAGCAGAGUGCCGGCGCCUGGAUGAGCUGAAAAUGAAGAACAUGAAGAACGUGAUAGAAGCCAUCAGGGCCGAGGUGGCUCUGUUCUGGGAGAGGUGUUUCUACAGCCUGGCGCAGAGACGGGCCUUCACACCCUACUAUGACGUUGACUGCACCGUGGAGCUGCUGAACCUACAUGAGGCGGAGCUGCUGAGUCUGAAGAAGCAUUACGAAGACCACCGGGAGCUGUUUGAAGGAGUAACCAGGUGGCAAGCCAGCUGGACUCUGUUCCUACAACUGGAGAAAAAGGUGACGGAUCCUUCUAGAUUCAACAACCGAGGCGGGAACCUACUCAAAGAGGAGAAGCAGAGGGCCGACCUGCAGAAAAGCCUGCCAAAGUUGGAGAAGAGCCUGAAGACCCAGGUAGAUCUAUGGGAAGAGGAGCAGUGCAGAGAGUUCCUGGUUAACGGACAGCGCUUCCUCCAGUAUGUUGAGGAGCAGUGGGAACUGCUGAGGCUGGAGAAGGAGAGGGGGAAGAAAGAGAGGCAACUGAAGAAGAACCAGCAGAUUGACCAUGACCUGCUGUAUGGUACUGCUCAACGAACCCCCUCCAAAAGACGCCUUGCAGGGACUCCUACUCCUGGCAAAGCAAGAAAGCUCAAUGCCACCAGCAGUAUCUACGGCUCUACUCCUAACGGCACCUUACGUUCUGCCUUCGGAGGAACCUUGUGUCAGUCUCCGGUCCUCAGACUACCCAUGUCUGCCAGCAAGCUUCCGCUGAGGACCCCGAGUUGUGUUGGAAGAACCCUCCGUACGGUGGAGAGGAACAAAGAGAACAUCUCCCACCUGAACGGACCGGCUCCGAGUGGUGUGUUAAGAAACCCGGCCCAAAGCCCCGCCUCACACCGUAACAUCACCGUUAACUCUGUCGCCAGCACCUAUUCUGAAUUUUCGCGAUUUCUCUCAAAAGCUUCCAAAUCUGUCAAGCCAGGACAUCUAAACUCUACUGUCACUAAUCUCUGAGCUGAGGGAUCAGCCAGAACCUGUCCCUGAUUCGUCCAGCUGAGACACCUUUUCUGGCUUGAGUUUCACGGUUUCUGUCCCCUGUCCAUUCUUGUACAUGUCUAGACGAAGGAAAUGUUUUUAACACCUGACUAUAAUGUAUCAGAACAGAACCCAGCGUCUCUCGGUGCAACUGUGUUCCAGCUCUGAGGUUUUCCAGAACUACUGCAUCGAUCCUGAAUCACUCUGGCCCGCGAGGUCUUUUGUUUUUUCACUUCUGUUGUCUGUGUCUAGAUGAUGUGUCAACACCAACAGAACUUUUUAAAUACUCUGUCACAUUUGUAAUAUUUUUCUUAGAUUUUUUUUUUUUUUUUAAAGCUUUGAUCUGAGAUUAAUGAAAUGUCGGGAGGACUUGAUGGGUUAAGUUUCAUGUUUUACGUAGGUCUAUGUUCAUAACACUCCAAUACUUUUAUUCGUUUUAUUAUCCAUGUUGUUGCUAGAGUAAAUUGUUGUACUUCAUAUAAUUAUGGGAUUGGGGGGGGGGGUCGCAAAUGACCAUUCUGUCAAAUAAACAUUUGCUUUAUACUACA